GCAAUGCUUUCGGAACGAUUGCAUGUUGCGAAUUCCCAGCAGCGCUCAGCUGUUCUUAUUACCUAACCUGACUUUAUCGUUGGAGCUCGUUUGGUUGACGUUAGAAUGUUUCGAGGGUUGCUUCGUAUCCCACGUCGUUCAAUUGCCGGCACCGGGCGCGCAAGGUUUCACACAAACAAUGGACCGAAGAGAGGCAUUUAUGAACCAGACUACUUGGAACUUUUGGAACCCAAAUACCCACAAUAUGAAGCACUCAAUUUCCAAAUCAAGGGGUAUGACUACCCAGUUCUCGAGAGUUACCAGAAGUUCCUUCACGGCGUCGCGGAAUAUAUGGAUUUGGAUGUCUCGGAUUGUUAUGCUUUACCGCCUCAACAUCUCCAAGUGCAAAAAUUUAAACCCGCCUCAUCCACUGUUGAUGCAGAAUACAAACUUACAAUGUAUGAGAGAAACAUUCAGAUAACCGAUCUCGACGCCCCAACAUACCCAACAUUUUUACGAAUCGCCCAAGCUGCCCUGCCGGAAGGCGUAACAUUGAACGUGAUGGAAGCUAGUGAAGAACAAGAGGAGUUGCGCUACGUUCCAGACCGGGAGUUACUGGAAUUAAAAAGUCAGUUGGAGGUCAUGCAAGGCGCGAAGGAGGCAAAGAAAAAAUAGAAUAGUAAUUUAGAAAUAAAAAGUUGAUGUACACCCUCGAAGUUGCUUAUCAUUUCUUAGAAAAUUCGCGUGAAAACAAUAAAACGAUACCAUUGGCGAAACCUUUCA